CCUACUCCACCUCAUUGAUCACCACACCACUGGAACGGGCGGCUGUGCUCGUGCACUGCACUACCUACUUUCGUUGUCGAACAGAGGACAACGCGCGCGCGCUGCUGUUUCCCCACUCACGGCCGGCGCUGGACGAAGGGCAUAUUUGUACGCAUUGAUAGAAUUCGGAAAGUGACCAACAUCAGCAUCGUCCCGCGAAGACCAGAUCCGCAUCCGCUCACUCAAUCGCUGCUCAUCACCGAUCGCUACCACUGGCUGCCCACUCGCGGCACAAAGGCCGUCUGUCCUCUCCACAGAAAACUCGUGUGUAGGCAAGUCGUACGCGUGUGCGACGAGAAAAGAGAAGGAGAAGGGCCGUGGGCGGCUUCAGGUUGCGUUGCACGAGUCGGACCACUCGAUGGGCUCGUUACCGGACGCUGUCGCAGGCGCGUCGCUCCCGACAACGAGUACUGCCCGAGCGCUAUCAGAGGAAGAGAAUACCCCUGUCGAGAUGAGCACAUUGAACGCUGCUAGCAGGAACGACGUUGCUGUUGGGACACCCGGCAGUCUUGGGGGGCUCGAGGACGCAGUACAGACACAGCCUGCCGUAGCAGCGUCAAUGGCAACAGAACCAGCACCAGCAAUUGCAGGAAGCUCACAACCUGUAUCCACCACAUCGGCGUCUGCUCCACCUCCUCAGGAUAAUCUACGCAGAACGGAAACAGAACACCUCGGACCUGCGAUCGAGGGCGAUGCGCCCCUAGUGCCGAGUAGCACUGUGUCUGCUGGACCGGUCCUGAUGAUAUCUCUCAUGCUCAUAACAGGAGCAAGACAUCCAUACAAGAUCGACGAGAAAUACCUUCGAAAUCGAAAAGUCAUUGCGCAGGACUCCUCAGGAGCGUUCAAUCCAAGAGAGUUGAGUGGGUAUCAGCUCAAAGAGCUAAUUUGGACGGAUUGGCGGCAGGAGUGGGAACCACGUCCGAGUAGUCCUGGGAGGAUCCGGUUGAUCGUGAUGGGCAGGAUGAUUGAGGACAAGGGGUUGUUGAAAGAUCUUCCGUUCAACAUGACGGCAACAAAUGUUGUUCACAUGACCGUCAAACCCGCCGAUAUUAUUGACGACGACGAAGCUGCGAACGCUAAGAGUACUGGUAAAGUCGCAAGACAGCGCGAAUCAGAAGAGCAAGGUGCUGGGUGCAGAUGCGUGAUAUUAUGAGGACUGGUCGCAGAGACUCUUCUGGCUGAUACACCUUCUUCGGAGGCAUCGAUAUGGACUGUACGUGCACUCAUUACUGGGAGCAUGCAAUACAGCAUUGUUGUGGGGGGUUGGGAAUUUUUUUUGAUGGCGCAUAUGUACGGGCAAGCAUAAGGGCAGGAGUGAUGGGUACCCAGAGGCGAAAUGUGCGAGCAUAGGGUGUCCGCCAAGUUUUAUUUAUGGGUUGGGCUGUAGCAUAGAUGGUGGCAUGAGUGACGUGCCUUACGCAGCGG